AAAAUACAAAAAAUAAAGUAGCAUAAUCUAUUACAUUUCGUUGAAGCUAGUUUAGAUUUAGAAAAUCAAAACAAAAACAAAACAAACUACCACAAAACAUAGCAUCAAACAUAGCAACAAACUUUAGCAUCAAUGUCGCUUCAAAUUCAAUCACACUCACUACGACCUUUCAACUUCAGCAAAACACACCCCCAUUCAUCUUCACGCAUCACCCUCUUCUCCAUCCGUGCAACCACCUCAACCACCUCACCGCCACCGUCAAUCUCACUCCAGUCUUCAUCCAAUCCGCCGACUCAUUCACCAUCCCUUUUCACAACCACACCGCCGCCCGAAAUUGCAGCGGUUCAUCCCACCCCUGAACUGGGACUCCUCUCUCACUUGUUCGUUUUCUCCAUGGUUUUUGGGUCAUUUUUCUCAGUGGUUUUAGUUUCUAUCCCAACGUUAAUUGCUUUUGGAAGAUUAGGAGAUUCUGUUAAGAAAUUGUCUAAGGUUUGUUCUGAAGAGGUACCUGGAACUUUAACUUCUCUCAAGCUUUCUGGGUUGGAGAUCAAUGAUUUGACCCAACAAUUGAGCACUAUCAGGCAUAAAAUUUCUGGCUUUGCCAUUGGAAAGAAGAAUGGAAGAAGUAUCAGAUCAAGAUCCUUUAGCAAGAAGAACCCAGCUUCCUAAAAUUGCGAAAAAUGCUUAGGUGUGUUUUUGUGAGCAUUUUUGUUUCUAGAACUAUGCUUAUAUUGUUGAAUGGGAAAUGCUGAUGGGUGUGUAUGUAUGUCCUUUUCAAUAUUCAUAUGCAUUUAAGUUACAAGAUUUGUAUAGAAGUUCCAUCAUUAUAAUAUAAACCAUUGCAAAACAAUGAAUAAAGUUACUCUAUGAAGGUCCUAUGUUGAUACUGAGUAGUAAAAUUAUUGGCAUUGAGUAA